CAAAACACAUGAGGUAUCACAUUCAACGAAUUUUAUGGUGGCAUCACGUUAAAUUACAUAAUGCAUUCUUUGAACAAUUUCUGAAUUAUGAACUAUUCAGAAAAAGUUGAAAUUAUUCUUUUAAUGACGGAACCUAUGUCCUACUAACGAAUAUGUCAAGAUAUGACAAAGAAAGAAUCAUAGGAUCGGGCACGUUCGGAAACGUGUGGCUGGUCAAAUCGAGGUUAAGUAGGCAUUCUUACGUCCUAAAAGAAAUCGAUUUGAGGUCUUUAAGCGAAACAGAUCGCGAGCAUUCUUUGAAUGAAGUUAAAAUUUUAUCAAGAUGUAAGCAUAAGCACAUUAUUAGAUAUAAAGAAGCAGUCAUCGAAUCUGAUGAAACUUUGUCUAUCGUCAUGGAAUACGCAGAAGGAGGAGACCUGCACUCUACUAUUUUGAAACAAAGAGGAGUUCCUUUUAAUGAACAUCGAGUUAUAACGUGGUUCAUUCAAAUAUGUCUGGCUCUGCAGUAUAUUCAUUACCAAAAUAUUCUUCACAGAGAUUUAAAAUCUCAAAAUAUUUUUUUGACUCGAAACAAAAUGGUCAAAGUCGGAGACUUUGGAAUUGCUCGAGUUCUAAAAAAUCCCGAAGAAUUGGCAAAGACUGCCAUUGGAACACCUUAUUACUUGUCGCCAGAAAUUUGCCAGAGAAAGCCGUAUAAUCAUAAGAGUGAUAUUUGGGCUUUAGGAUGUAUUCUAUUUGAGAUGGCAGCAUUAGAACAUGCCUUUCAAGCAGUUGAUUUCUUACAUUUGGUAGCUUUGAUACUAAGAGGUAAACGAAAAGAGCUUCCGAGGCAUUGUAGCUCAUUAAUUCAAGAUUUGGUAAAAGACCUUCUUGAUUUAGAUCCAGAGCGAAGACCUUCGACUGAAGUUAUACUAGCUUAUCCCACGUUACAGCCAUAUUUAUCAGAAUAUAUGUUGACACAUGGAUCCAGAGAGAGUUUUCUGCCUAUGCUAAUCAGUCCAAAAGAGACGAGAUUAAGGGGAAGCUCAGUCAGCGAUAUUUUUGAGAACUUACGACGAGGUAACAAGAAACGAAGAUCUUCUUCAGCUUCGGAAAUGAAUCCAAAAUCAACACAAAGUAGCAUAGGGGCAACGGCGAAAGGAGGAACUGGAUCGGGGUGGAAAUUUUUGCGCAAUGCAAAGAAAAUGCCAAUAAUUCCACCAAAAAUCAAGAUCGAUAAGAAGCAAGAAUCUUCGUACAAAAUCCCCAAUCCCAAAUUCACCCCUCGUUUCAACAGGAAAGAACAAUCAGUCUUAACUAUAUCAUGCGAUACUUACACUGCAUCGACAUCUGGCGUCUCUCAUUUAAAAAAUAAACUGACGAAAUCUGAAGACCCAGUCCUUAAUGAUUCCGACCAUGGAUAUCAAAGCUGCAAUAGCCAUUUGACCCCUUCAGAUAAUUCAAAUAAGGAGAAUAGCGGCAUACCUAAAUCCCAUUAUAAAAUACAACAAGAAAAAGUUGGGCGAGCUUUCUUUGCUACGGAGAAUUGCAACAAAUCUGCUCCUGGAGACCACAGGAGUGACCCAGGACUCCACAACAAUUGCCAACAUUCACAGUGCCAUCAGUGUAUGCUGGAUAUGCUGUGGAAAAACAGGAUCCGAUGUUAUGUUGAAGGAUCAAUCAAUACAGAUGAAUAUUCAAGAUUGAGAAAUAAAUUAAUUUUGCUUUAUAAAGAGGAUUUAUUUGAAAAAAUAUACCAGUCGCUGCUUUUGGAUUGGGAAGAAAAUAAAAAUACCCCAUCUCCUAAUCUUUUGAGUAUGAUGCAGUCAUUGAACUACGAGCAAGUACAAAGCUUACCCCUUAUGAUGCAACUUGUGCAAUUAGACCUCUUCUUGAAAUCAAAGCAAAAUGGGCAAGAUACCAGUGGCAUUGAACCCUAAUUUAGGAAAUAAUGUUUUAUCAAAAUAAGACUUAAUGAAUUUAAAGAAGCUACUCGUGUUUUCAACGCUUUUCCUUGAAAUGUUCUUUAAUCUUGAGAAUUUCUAAUGUGUGUGUUUUAUCCAAUGAGACAUUUUUAAUUUUAAGAAUCAUGUUCAGCAAUGCAAGGUUAAAUGUAAUUUACAGUGUUUGUUUUGUCUCAUUGGAAUAUGUUGUUUUCAUCAA